AUGAAUAUCUGGACCGCUGCAAGCGACGGCCGCUUGGACGUGGUCGAGCAAAUUCUGUCUCGAAACAGCGGGCUAAAUGCCAAUAGCAAGGACCCCAACGGCUACACAGCGGUGCAUGCAGCAGCAGCCUACGGACACAUCGAUCUGCUCAGGAAACUGUGCAAGCAGUACGGCGGCGACAUCAACAUCAGGGACAGCGACGGAGACACGCCUCUCCACCACUGUGAGGACGUCAACACGGCCAAAGUGAUCGUUGAAGAGCUCGGAGGCGACAUCGCGCUGACCAAUGACGAAGGCAAGACGGCUCUGCAGAGCUUCGAGGAGGACGCAGAGUUCCCAGAGCUCAUCCAGUACAUGCGGGUCCGGAGCGGCGUCCCACAGGACCAGGACAGUCUGGGGAUCGACCAGCGGCAGCUCGAGCAGUUCAAGGACAGCAUACGAUACACCCUCGAGACCGAGCCCGACGAUACCAAUGAUCCGGAGUCGCAGGCCAGAAGACGGAAGCUGGAGCAGAUAAUACAGGGCGAGAACGCCGAGCAAGAGCUGGAAAACUACAUCAGAGAGAUCAUCAGAUCGCAGGCAAUGAACGGGCAGGCAUCUGGCCUGGAAGAACAGGCCAAUGUGAAGCGUAGGAAGUAG